AAAAAAAAAAAGAAAAUCAAAGAAACAGAAAAAAAAAGAAAACGAAAACAGAUUGUCCAUCUUUGGUUACACAAGGAUUAUAUAUAUAUAUUUAUAUAUAUAAGAAACAACGGUACGAAAACAUUCAAAGUGGAGCUGAAUCUCGACUUCAUAUAAUUUGUAAAAGAAAAUAAUUUCUAGUGAGAAACCAUCAAUUAAAAAAAAGUGAAAAAAAAGAAGAAAAAAGCGAUUAUUUAUUGAAAGAAAAACACGAAAAUGCGGGGACCAAUUAAUCCAAUGCGGACUGCGGUUACCCCGGUUCAUUUACGACCGGGGGCCCCGCAUUUAGGUAUGCAUGGAGGCAUGCCCCAACCAGGAAUUAAUGUUAUUGGUGGAAGUUUCGCUGUACCUCUCGGCUAUACUCCCAACCAUUCACCUAUCAGGAGGCCCCGUUCGAUGUUUAAAAGUGAUUAUUGUUCAACUCGAAAAUUUCUCUUCUUCUUCAUUUGUCUUGUCGUCGACUGUAUUGAUAUCGGUGCUAACUGGUGGAUUUACCAAGUGGUUAGAGACCAUAAGGUCGGUCUGGUCUUCGGAAGUUUCAGUGAAAAUAUCGUCUUGUCUUUUUAUGCCUUCUCCAUCAUUGGGACGAUUCUAUCCAUUCUGGAAAGUCUGAAUCUGCUAUCGUUUGCUUGUAAGUGGUAUUUCAUUAAUCCAGAUAUAGCCCUUGCUAUAUCUCUUUGGUUCGAAGACAUCCCACAGCUGGGACUGAACGUGUCUCUAGUUUAUUGCAGAGAACGACCAGUAACACGCGCACAGUUUACAAGAGCAGUCUGUGGAAUUAUUGUCGUCAUCUUCAAGCUCCUUGUCGUUUUGUCCCGCCAUUGUGCCUGUUGUGGGAAAAAAUUCUUGAAGUACUCACACACAGACAUAAACGAGAGGUGUGCUUGGCGUAGCCGUUUACUAUCCAGUAUCGUUCUUGUUGGCUUCGCCUUGGCUUUAGCGGAAGCAUCCUAUGUAUUUAAGUACACGAGAUACAACGAAGACAACUUCAGAGAAACACCGCUGAAUAUUCCAAAACCAAUCGUUGACGGGAGAUGGGACGCCAAUCGAUAUUUCUCCGAUGUAAGUGUAUAUUUUAGUCCACCCCCUUUCCACCCUCACAUCAAAAUGGCAACCCAACCGCACAGUGAAUGGAUUCGGAUAGGCACCGUAUAUGAAUUUAUGGGCUCCAAAAGUAUUAACUUUGAUUACUCCUUUACUGAUGCCGGCCCCAAUGGUGAACCUGCAAUUCUGGCUUUUAAACAGGGUUUUCGUUCAGAAUGUUACAUUGUUGAACCGUAUACAAUGAAUUUUAAUUGGUCAGAUAUGUGUCUAGAAAGGGUUAACGAGACUAUACACAGCGUCCAUUUCGUAUUCAAGUAUCAUAUGGAUGCCUUUACAACCAUGGGACAAAUAUAUUACAAUUAUGCUUUUUGUCAAUCUCCUCGAUUUGGGGCAAGCAAGACAAAAUCUUCGAGACAGUUUAGAAUACGACCGUUUUACUUUCAGACCCAAACAAGGAGUAAAUGGUCGUCCUUUUUAGCAUCACGCAAAUCACGUGUCCCUAAAUGGAUCUUUUAUGACAGAUACAUACACAUGAUGCAAGAUGUGAACGAUAUUUGGCGCACAGGAUACCUCAACUGCCCUCCGACCGGAACAACUGCUCCAGUGUUAGAUAAUUCAAUAAGGCUAAACUGUACAGAGAUCUUAUAAAGUUUAUCAACAAGGACAACCUCAGUAAAAACAGCGACUACAACUACCGAAAGAAGCAAAACGAAAGAUCAUUUACACACAUAUAUAUA